UGUAUUGGGGUCUGGUGGCAAUCUCAUGUGCCACACAUGUUCCAGUGACCACAGAAUUCUGGACGUAUUUCUUAGAUUAUAUUCCCGAGAGCAAUCAGAAUCUCAAUGGAAUCGUUGGAUCUUGCUGGCUCUUUUUGGUCUAGUGCUGGGUCAGACUUCUCAGGCAGCCAAGAUCCUAGUCCUGUUUCCCCAUGCCAAUGAGGGUCACUUUGCGGUAAUGCGAACUCUGGUGACGGAACUGGCCAGUCGAGAACACAUAAUUGAAGUUUAUACGGGUCAUGGGUUGGGAGAAUCCCUAGAAAAUGUUACGGAAACGGUGAUAGCUGAAUAUCCCUUUUGGAGCGAGUUGCAAAAACAUGCGGCUCCCAAGGGAAACCUCGCAGAUCUUGGUCGUCUACCCACUGAGAACCUUCGCCAGUCGUUGGCCAGCGUGGGAGCCCGUGCCCUGGAUCACUUUCUCGCCCAAGAGCCCAUCCAGAAAUUGAUUAAGAUGUCCUACCUUGAGUUUGACUUUGAUGUGAUCCUAGUGGAUUACUUCUACACAGAGGCUCUGUUGGCAUUGGGGACACUUCAUCAGAGGCCUGUUGUUGGGAUCAUUUCCACAGAUUUUGGCAACUAUAUGGAUGCUGUCCAGGAGGCACUGGUUCCCGCCGCCUGUACCCCCAUCGAUAUUGAGCGGGAUUUGCCCCAGUUGGGCUUCUCCGAGCGACUUGGAAAUAUCCGGGAAUGUAUUGCCCGCAGGAAGGGGUUCAUCAAGGAUCACUACGGCGGUCAGGAGCAACUGGUGGUCAAGUACUUUAAGCUGCAGCACUCCAUCCCCGAACUGCAGGCCAGCCAGCUAUCGGUGCUUCUGCUAAAUAGUCAUGUGCCCUUGAUGACUCCCAAAGUUAGUAUCCAGCAGAUCGUUCCCGCUGGUGGUCUUCAUAUCCGGGGUCCUAAGGAGCUCCCCUGGAAUGUGAAGCGCUUUCUGGACGAGGCGCGUCCUGGAGUUAUUUACGUACAGCUGGGAAAUGAACAGCCGUGUGGCCAGUUAGCCAAGGACAAACUGGAUACCCUGUUUGCCUUCUUUUCCUCCCGAAAAGAGGGCAUCAUCUGGACCUGUCACGAUGUGAAGAAGCUGGAUGGUUUGCCUAAGAAUGUGAUGAUCCAGCAUGCAGUGCCGCAAAUCGAUAUCCUGGCGCAUCCAAGGGUCAAGGUCUUCCUGACCAAUGGGGAUCUUCUGAACCUGCAGGAGGGCAUCGUGAGGAAUGUGCCCAUUUUGGGAUUGCCUCUCUUCCAGCAUGAAAGGCGGAACAUGGAGUUGGCUGUGCGAUUGGGAGUGGGACUGCCGCUGGAGGAGGGAAAUGUGACGACCAACUCCCUAAACUGGGCAGUGGAUAGACUGCUCAAGGAGUCACACUUCCAGUUGACGAUUCGUGAUGUGUCCCUGGAGUUCAGGGACCGUCCUCUUGGCGCCCUGGCCAGCGCUCUCUUCUGGGUGAACUACGUUGCCCGGCACAAGGGAGGAGCAGCUUUGAAGACCCGUGGAAUCGGUAUCUCCUCCUGCCAUCUGCACUUGUUCGACCUCUUUGUGUUCUAUGCCGGAAUCGCUACUCUUGUUGUAACCUUGCUGGCGGCCCUAAGCUAUGGGGGCUUUUAUGUUUGGAAUAAGAAGAACAAUUCAAAGUUAACCAAAGUAAAUUAAGAUUUAUGUAUGAAACUAAAGUGCAUACAAUGCAGUUUUUAAUUGUAAUAUGAAUUGGCAUUCCCAAACAUAUCAAAAAAGUAAAUGCUGAAUCUGCAGAAAGCUUGUUUGUGUCAUUCAAGAACCUCAAUAUGGUUUAAUAAAAUUUCAUGUGAUUUUUCCUCA